AUGUUUGUCUUCAAAUACCUUGUCGUAUCAUUCCUGUUCGCUGCGUUUGGUAUGGCGGAUCCAGCAAUCUCCAACCAGGACACACCCUGUCUUUCGGCGUGCGGCAAGUGGUCCGAGGUUGUCGCGACAUGCUACCAGGUGUUCACUAUCACGCCCCACACGAAUGGGGACUUUUUCUCACAAGGAUUCCUCGCCUGCCUCUGCACCGGCCGGAAUACCAACGGCACAGAGUAUGGCAACGCGACCAUGACCCAGGUCGCGGGCGUGUGCCAGUCGUGCUCCACGACGCCCAAUAACAUCAAGACUGACUUGUCUACCUUUCUUGGACUCUGUGCGAUUCAAGCAUCGAACGGGAGCGCGGCCAAUGCUUCGUCCUACGCCCCUCUGGGGUACAAGACGGGAGAGGACGCCAACCCAGACCUAAAGAACUCGGCUAGAGCGGUGGCGCCAGGCACCAUGCUCGGAGCGGCCGCCGUGCUUCUUACGGGCGCGCUGGCUGUGCUGUAG